AUGGGUGCUGUCGUCACAAAGUUGAAGAAUGUACGCAAAAGAGAACGGAAGCCCAAAAGCAAAAAGAAGAAGAAGAAGUUAAGGGUCAUAGUGGGGAAGAAAGGAAGCAUGACAGCUCAGUCCUCACGGAGGACUGGGAGGAAAAGUGCCAGGGGGAGCGUCAGGAGGCGGAAGAGCAGCAGGAAGCUCAAAAAGCACCUGUUCCCGAGCCCAGCCGUCUUCAGCCAGAUUGAUGCCCAUGCAAUCAAGGCCGGAGAGGAGCUGAGGAAGAAGAGGAUCGUCUCUGUGAAGGCCAUCACUCAAGCCAUCACUGUGGGUGCAGCAACAGACCUGCAGAAGUUAAGGGCUAUCUGGAUCUGGCUGUGCCACAACAUUGAGUAUGAUGUAAGCGGAUACUUGGGGAUGACUGAGAAGAUAACCUCACCUCAGCGGGUCGUCGAGACAGGCCGAGGCAUCUGUUGUGGAUACUCCAGGUUGUGCAUAGAAAUGUGCAGUGAGGUUGGCAUCGAGUGCCGGGAGGUGACUGGCCACAGCAAAGGUUCCAGCUACCGGCCUGGUCUUCAUGACGAACCCACCAAGUCUGACCAUGCUUGGAAUGCAGUGCGUAUCCAGGGACACUGGUACCUGUUGGAUUCAUGCUGGGGGGCAGGAAAUGUGGACUUCACCAAAAGAGUCUUCAACAAAUGCCACAAUGAGUUCUACUUCCUCCCAGACCCAGACAUGUUCAUUAAUGACCACUUCCCAGAUGAUGUGGAGUGGCAACUUCUCAGGCAGCCUAUCUCGUUGGAGGAGUUCCGGAAGAGGGCCCAAAAAACAUCCCGAUUUUUCCAGCUGGGACUGACGCUUCACCAUCCCACACACUACCUGCUGGUCACAGAGGCUGGUGAGGCCACCAUUUCCAUGACUUUCCCAGAGCCUCUGGACUUCUCCUACCGGAUCUACCAGCGCAGUGGCAAUACACAGAGAGAGCUGAGCACCUCUGCUGCUCUCCUCACUAUCACUACCACUCACAUGAAGCUGCGGCUUCGGCCCCCGACCCAGGGGACGUUCGACGUCACUGUGUUUGCUCGAACGGCCAAAACGUCUGGCGAGCUCCCCGAGGUCUGCAACUUCCUGCUGGAGUGUCCCAAGCCUUCGCCUUUAGAAAGCUUCCCCGAGAACCCAUCCAAGUCUUGGGGCAUGCAGUACAGCGCCAAAAACAUGGGGCUCAAACCAUGCCAAUAUCAGGCCGAGAUCACGCUGGAGUCUGCCACUUUUGAGAUGCUGCUCCAGACCAGCCGACCUCUUAUGAUGCUGUGCGAACUUUCCCACAAAGACCUGGAUGAAGCUCUGGCCAAGAGAUGCGUCGCCACACAAAGUGAACCUGACCAGCUCAGCUGCCACGUUCUCUGCCCUUAUGUGGGCUAUUAUCGACUGACGGUGUUUGUGAAGGACGGUGACAGCACUAGUAACACAUACAGUCCUGUUGGUACGUUCUUACUGCAGUGCACGAGCAGUGCCGUCAUCAACAUCAAUAAACUCUUCCCGCCUGGUCUGAGCAAUGAUUGCGGUCCCGGCAACACGACGCUCAAAGCGGGUCUCGAUGAUUUCAGCCACACCAGGGCCAUAAUAAACACGCAGCGGGGGCAGUGUAGUGUCACAUUUCGCAAUCAGCGGGGUAUGAAACUCCAAGCUAAUCUGUCAAGAGAGGAACGUCAGCAACCCAAGUACCCACUCUCUCGCUACGUGCUCCUCUCCUGUGAUGAGAAAGACGUCACGGUCAACGUGGCUCUGCCCGGGGCAGGGGUCUACUGUCUUAGCCUGUUCGGUGGGUCUGCGACCUCGACUUCCUUAUCCCACCUAUGUGAUUACGUGUUGCGCAACAACUGGGACGGCACCCUGCCUCCAUUCCCCCUCAGCUAUUCGAUCUGGAGCGACGGCUGCGUUCUCUUCGAGCCACGCAUGGGCCAUUUGGAGCCCAUGUCCAAGGUGCGUUUCCGCGUGAAAAUCCCCAGGGCGACCAAAGUGAACGUCAUCGGACAGAGCCAAACGGAGCUGCGUCUCAACCAGGGAAGCCAGAUGUGGGAGGGGGAGGUGCACACCAGCACUGUGCCCCAGCUCCAACUCGGCGCCAGCUUCCCAGGGGGAACGCCGGGAGAGCUGAGCAUCCUGCUGUGCUUCGACGUCCUCAGGACACCAAAUAUGAGAUGACAAGGAGGACUCGCAUGCCUGUUAAUCAGUUAAUUAGCCAAAUGAUCAAGGCACUGUUCUGUUUCAUUUUGGUGUGUCACUGUACGGGGGAUAUCACCUUUCAUCAUGUACU